CGUUUUAACUUAUGAACUUACUAAUAAGUUAGACAUUUGCUAAUAAAUUGAGAAUAUGUUUCGAAAAAAAUAAUACACAAAUACACAGAGGCCAAAUUAGUUUUUCUGAUCUGUACGCAUUGUAGUUGAAAAUUAAUAUUGCUUAUUUUUUUAACUAUUUUUAUAAUUCUUGUGUGUUCCUUUUUUGUUUUGUACACAGGCUUAAUGCAUAUAACUUGUGUUAAUAAUAAAACAAACAAUAAUUUUGUCUACUUAAACUAAAUACCUAACCUAUUAUAUUAAAAAAACAUUCCUUGUUGGUACGGUUUCAUUUUCUGCUGUAGAGUUAGUCAUUAUUUGAGAUGACUGUUACGAAGAUGAACUAAAUACGUUAGGUUCUAAAUGCAUUAUCCAACUUAAUGCAAUGGCUUCACCUCAAAAUGUGACAGUAGAUCAGAUACGUAAAAUCCUCACGGAAGUGGUAGAAGCAUUGGAGUCUGCCGACUAUGCUCCGAAGCUGGAUGAAGCAAAGGAAACAGCUGGCAAUGAGAUGUUGAAGAUGAUGCAGAUUGUUUUCCCCAUGGUUGUCCAGGUUGAAAUGGAGACUAUCAAGAGGCAUGGUUUCAGCAACUCUAGAGAAGGAAUUGUGCAAUUCACACAGAUGGUUCGCGACAUGGAGAGUGAUAGUGAAGUAGCCCGACUCCACUCGAGAAUCCGAAGCCAUUAUCUACCUCCUGUGUCCAUCAGCUCCAAUGUAGACACAUCUUUAUAAAUAUUGGGGCCCUGUAUCUGAGUCAUCGCUCACCAGGCAAAGGAGCGGCAGACAAGAUCAAAGGCAUAUUAAAACCUAGGUGUUUUACCUACUUAUCUAUAUUCCGAGCAUGCAGUAUUACCUAUAUUUAAUGUUUAUUCUACAUUUUCUAACUAUUUAUAUUAAUCUAUGAAUAUAUUAUUCAACUGAGUA